AUGGAUACACCUGACAUGCAUCCUGUCCGGUAUGUAAACGAAAUGCUAGCACGCGAUACCCUUCGUACCGGCCCCUACGACAUUGCUGCAAUUAUGGAACGGCUACCCGUAACGCAUAGCGAUUUCAUGGGUCCGUCCACAUCCGCGAUGUUUCGCGCCUUUGCUGAUAAGCGACGUCGCCUCCGCGAGUUUCUCUUCACGGGCGUAGAACAGAACCUUAUGGCUUUGGAACAUAAAACCCUCCUGUUCCUCGAAGAGGCCAACUCCGAGCGCGUUAAAGCCCUCACCUCCAAGUUCCUUAAAAUCUACCUACCCAACAUCUUUAUAUGUACUAUCGCCUCAGCCAUUAACCUUACCACCAAGAAAGGGUUAUGGCGCCGCCCAUCUAGGAAAUGGGACACCGUACUCCUCGAUGAAGCAUCCAUGAUCCCAGAAGCCACACUUAUCGGGCUCCUUUCGCGAUUUCCUGACGCAACCUAUACACUCAUCGGCGACACUAAACAGCUGCCUCCGUUCGUAGGCACUCAAAAGGCUCCCCGCGCAGCCGCUCUCUGCUCUCAAUCGGUUCUCGAGGUCGCGAAACGCGUAGGGAACGUGCCGACCUGCAAAAUCAGCACCGUAUAUCGCCCGCAUGCCAGGAUAAUGGAGCUGAAUUUUUAUAUUUUCUAUAACAACGAGCUCGUAUGCGGAACACCCGUUGACGAACGCCAAGCGCUACUUCGUUCGCUGCCUAUGCCUAACAAAGAGAUUCCAAUCGCAUUCGUCGAUGUGCUAGGCAAAGCCGUAAAAUCCAUCACCGGCUCUCAGAAUAACACGAUCGAGGCGCGAGCCGCCGCCGUGUUAGUUCGUCUCCUCGGCAUACCACCCGGUGACAUCAUGAUUAUUUGCCUCUAUCGCGACCAGCUCUACCUGUGCGAAUCUAUCCUAGCCAACACGCAUGUCACCAUCAAGACUGUUGAUAGCGCACAGGGUUCAGAAAAGUCCAUCGUCAUACUAUGCACCACGCGCACCAAGGUGCUAGGUACUAACCUCACCUUUUUCGAUGACCCCGAACGCCUCAAUGUCGCACUGUCCAGGGCCCGUGACGGCAUGUUCAUCCUCGGCUCAGUGCCGUCAAUGGAGAAUUCAUCCCUAAGGGGUUCUAUUAUCCUGGACUUCCAACGUCCUACACUUUUGAUAUCUUCUUGGUUGACGCCCCUUCUCAAUGCCGCGGUUGCCGUUCCUCCUCGAAACGAAUGA